UUGAGGCCUGCCAAAUCUCCUCGUAAAAGUCCACCUUAUCAAGAACCAACCCAACUUUUGGACCUAGUUCAUUUCCUUUGCGUUUCUUCUCUGAUCAUCAGUUGUUCGUUCCUGGGAUCAUGGCAUUAGCCGUGGUAGGUGGUGCUCUUCUCUCUGCUUUCUUUGACGUUCUUUUUGACAGGCUAGCUUCCCCUGAGCUUCUCAGCCUGAUCCGUGGAAAGAAGCCUGACAAGUUGCUUCAAAAGGUGGAGAACCACCUGAUAGUCCUUAGAGUUGUGCUUGCUGAUGCUGAGAAUCGACAAAUCACAGACUCCAAUGUCAAAAAAUGGCUCGAUGUUCUCAGAGAUAUUGUCUAUGAGGUUGAUGACUUACUUGACGAAGUUUCUACCAAAGCUGCUACUCAAAAGGAGGUAAGCAAUUCCUUUUCUCACAUUUUCAAUAGGAAAAGGAUUGUUAGUAUUAAUAAAUUGGAAGACAUAGCUGAAAGAUUAGAUGACAUUUUAAAACAAAAGGAGAGUCUUAAUUUGAAGGAGAUUCCAGUGGAAAGCAACCAGCCAUGGAAAGAUCAGCCUACAUCUUUGGAAGACAGAUAUGGUAUGUACGGCAGGGAUAAAGACAAGGAGGCCAUAAUGAAGAUGGUAUUGGAGGAUAACACUGAUGGUGAAGAAGUGUCCGUGAUCCCUAUUGUAGGCAUGGGUGGGGUUGGUAAAACCACUUUGGCCCGAUCUGUGUACAACGAUGGAAAAUUGAAGCAGAUAUUUGAUUUAAAGACAUGGGUUUGUGUUUCUGAUAUAUUUGAUACUGUGAAGGUCACAAAAACUAUGGUAGAGGAAAUUAUCAAGAUGCCUUGUAAUUUGUAUGAUCUAAAUCUACUUCAACUUGAAUUGAUGGACAAGCUGAAAGGUAAAAGAUUCUUCAUUGUUUUGGAUGAUGUUUGGAUUCAGGACUUUGAUAGUUGGAAUAGUCUUACAAAACCAUUUUUAAGUGGGAUUAGGGGAAGUAAAGUUCUCGUGACAACCCGCAACGAAAGUGUAGCGGCUGUAGUCCCUUUUAAUGUUGUUAAAGUAUAUCAUCUAAACCAAUUGUCGAAUGAAGAUUGUUGGUUGGUGUUUGCAAAUCAUGCAUUUCCUCUCUCAGAAGAUAGUGAAAAUAGAGGAACUCUAGAAAAGAUUGGAAAGGAGAUUGUUAAAAAGUGUAAUGGGUUGCCUUUGGCUGCACAGUCACUUGGAGGAAUGUUGAGAAGAAAGCACGCUCUUAGGGAUUGGAUUAAUGUACUUGAAAGUGACAUUUGGAAACUUCCUGAAAGUCAGUGUAAAAUUAUUCCAGCCCUCGACUAAUUUAUAAUCAUCCCUCCCGUGUAAAAACGGUGUUUUGUAUAUUGCUCACUGUACCCCAAGGAUUUCGAAUUUCGAAAGGAUGAACUGAUCCUGCUGUGGAUGGCUGAAGAUCUUUUAAAAGCACAAAGAAAAGAAAAGACUUUAGAAGAAGUUGGUGAGGAGUAUUUUGAUGAUUUGGUUUCAAGAUCGUUUUUUCAAUGUUCAAGUCUUCGGCCUUCGAGUAAUUAUUUUAUAAUGCAUGACCUCAUGCAUGAUCUAGCAACAUUCCUUGGCGGAGAAUUCUAUUUCAGAGCAAAUGAACUUGGAAAAGAAACCAAAAUUGAUAGAAAGACUCGUCAUUUGUCUAUUGAAAGAUUCAGUGAUCCAGUCUCCGAUAUUGAAGUUUUUGAGAGAGCCAACUUUUCCAAGACCUUCUUGCUAACAUUAUAA